AUGACCAAAGGUCCCAGAUGGCCUACACCUGUAAUUGGGUAUGACUGGCUGAUGAGGGCUAGUAAGCAAGAACCGUCAAUUUCGGUCUGUCUUGUCUAUGUCGGUUCUACUUCACCCACCGCCCUUUGUUUUAUGCCUGCCUUGGGGGCUGAGAAUGCUUCUGUGCCCGCCGUGCACGAUCAAGAGGAGGUCGAGACCGAAGAGGCGCCAGCUAGUCCGCAAUCCACAACACCGGCGUCAACCUUUGUGCUCACCGGGAAACCCUUCCUACGAGCCAUUUUCCGCAGCCUCGAGGUUGGACCGGGAACUGACUACGAUACGCUCUACGCUCUCAAUCUCCUCAUCGCCCUGAAAAUGAAUGGAUGUGAGUUGCAGCUUGCCCCCCCCCUUACUCCACCCUCGCAGAAUGUGUAG